AAACAUUUAGACAAGUUAUUUGUCGUCGGUCAAAAAUUGUCUCCGUUUAGUCGUUUCCAGUCGGAUGGAUUUCGGUGUGGCACAUAACUGUCUAACAAACAUCCGGUGUUAUGUAUAAGUAGUUCAGGCUGAUUAGUCCUAACUUGGCCUCGCGGAGCUCGCACGCGCUCAUGGCCUGCUUUGGAUGGCUUAUCUAGGGCCUCGGCUGGGACACUCCCGCGGGUUUUCUCCUCUCGUGUCCGCCGUUAGACUCCUCGGCAUGGACGGCAUGGGUUCGGCCGCCAGUCGGUCUCCGUUGGAGCGCCUCGACUUCGAUAACGUCGUCCUGAAGAAACUUCCGGUGGAUCCGUCCGAGGAGCCCGGCGUCCGGCAGGUGAGAGGAGCCUGCUUCUCCCGGGUGAAGCCUCAGCCGCUGACCAACCCGCGCUUCGUGGCGGUCUCCGGUGACGCCCUCGCGCUGCUGGGGCUCCGCGCGGAACAGGUCCAGAGUGACCCGCUCGCUCCGGGUUACCUGAGCGGGUCCAGAGUCAUGCCCGGAUCCGAGCCCGCGGCUCACUGCUACUGCGGCCACCAGUUCGGACAGUUCGCCGGGCAGCUGGGAGACGGAGCGGCGUGUUACCUGGGAGAGGUGAGGGCACCGCCGGGUCAAGAUCCCGAGAUGCUCCGAGAAAACCCGAGCGGGCGCUGGGAGAUCCAGGUGAAGGGGGCGGGACUGACCCCCUACUCCAGACAGGCUGACGGCAGGAAGGUGCUGCGCUCCAGCAUCAGAGAGUUCCUCUGCAGCGAGGCCAUGUUCUUCCUGGGUGUUCCCACCACCAGAGCUGGCUCCGUGGUGACCUCCGACAGCCGGGUCGUCCGGGACGUGUUCUACAGCGGGCACCCCCGCCACGAGAGGUGCUCAGUGGUCCUCCGCAUCGCUCCCACCUUCCUCAGGUUUGGUUCUUUUGAGAUCUUCAAGCCCGCAGACGAGUUCACGGGCCGCCAGGGUCCCAGCUACGGACACGAGGAGAUCCGAGGUCAGAUGUUGGAUUACGUCAUCGAGACGUUCUACCCUGAGAUCCAGCAGAACCACGGGGACCGCGUGGAGCGGAACGUGGCGUUCUUCAGAGAGGUGGUCCGGCGCACGGCCCGGAUGGUGGCCCAGUGGCAGUGCGUGGGCUUCUGUCACGGCGUCCUGAACACGGACAACAUGAGCAUCCUGGGCCUCACUCUGGACUACGGCCCCUUUGGCUUCAUGGACAGAUUUGAUCCAAACUUCAUUUGCAACGCGUCCGACAACUCGGGCCGGUACUCCUACCAGGCGCAGCCGGCCGUCUGCAGGUGGAACCUGGUGAAGCUGGCGGAGGCGCUCGCUCCGGAGCUCCCUCCGGACCGGGCCGGAGCCGUCAUGGACGAGUACCUGGACGCGUUCAACAGCUUCUACCUGGAAAACAUGAGGAAGAAGCUGGGGCUGCUGAAGAGGGAGGAGCCUGAAGACGGGAUGCUGAUCACCGAGCUGCUGCAAACGAUGCACGACACAGGCGCAGACUUCACCAACACAUUCCGCUGCUUAAGUGGGAUUCCGUGUCCCGGUGAGGGUGAAGCUGAGGAGGAGGUGGUCAGGACAGCCGUAGACCUCCUGCUGGAGCAGUGCUCCUCUUUGGAGGAGCUCAAAGAUGCCAACAAACCUACGAUGGAUCCACGCGAGCUGGCGAUGCUGCUCUCCAUGGCUCAGAGCAACCCGGCGCUCUUCCAGAUGAUCUCCGACCGGGCGACCAUCGCCCGGCAGCUGGAGAGACUCGGCCGGCUGAAGGAGCUGAUGGAGAGCAGCCAGGAGCAGCUGAGAAGCAAACAGGAGGAGGAGUGGACCCGCUGGGUCAGACGCUACAGGAAGCGUCUGGCUCUGGAGCUGGAGGGUCAGAGUGACGAGCAGGCCGUGGAGGCGGAGAGAGCGAGGGUGAUGGACAGCACCAACCCCCGCGUGGUGCUCAGGAACUACAUCGCCCAGAAUGCAAUAGAGGCUGCAGAAAAGGGCGAUUUCUCUGAGGUCCAACGGGUCCUCAAGGUUCUGGAGAAACCCUUCUCCUCCCAGCCGGGUCUGGAGCUUCCCGCCUGGGUGCACGGCGGCGGGGCCGCCGCUCAGGCUGAACGAGAGGAGGAGGAGCAGCAGGACGAGUCUCCCUCAGCCAGCAGAGACCCCGUUCCCUACGACAGCAAGCCCCCGUCCUGGGCGCGGGAAAUCUGCGUCACAUGAUCGUCGUAACCGCUUCCUCGCCAGCCUGUGACCGUUUUUCAGGCCGCGGCGAGGAAGCUCCACAGCGAGAGGAACACUUCAGAGCAGCAAGGUGACGGAACAGGAAGUGAUGAGCUUGAGGUUUCACCUUCAAACAGGAAGUUGGGUUUAAUGUUAAAAGCUUCCUCGCUCGAAUUGAUGUGGGGGGGGUCGUCUAUUGAAAGGAAGCUCCGCCUCUUCUCUCGGUUCUGUCACCUCAGCUGGUAAUGAGGAGUCAGGCGGAAAGUCCUGCUGUGACUCGUCUGACUCUGAGGCUCGGGGAGGUGUCACCUCAGCUCGCCGCCAGCAGCGCCACGCCGGGCUGGUGGCGGGGGGGGGGGGUUGUUACUCACCUAAACGCACAACAAUGUAGAGUUCACUAUACAGACUGUUAAAGCAGAGCUGGGAGCCUCUUCUGUUUGGACGACCGCUACACCACAGCUUGUGUAAAAAUAUAUUCUAGAAUGAUCAGAUUGAAAAUGAUAAAUUUGACAGAAUCGUUUCUUGAUUUAUAUUGAGAGUUUUUUAUGGGGAGUCGUUUGUAAAUCUGCAAAGUAAAAUUUGAACAUAAAUAUUUAGUGUGUUUAAGGAUAAUAAAAACGGGUCUUGUUUUUCAAAUUCAUAUUUUCACCUUUUAAAAUCAUGUAUUUAUAAAU